GUGCAUUAAAUCCUUUCCAGCAGCGAAGCCAGCAAGACUAUGAUGUUCCGCACUGUUAUCCCGUGGCUUCUGCUCCUAAUCACGCUUCUUGGAUGCUCAGAGGCGAGCAGUCAAAGCCAACGCAUUUGCGGACCCAACCUCAUAGAGACAAUGAUGUUGAUGUGCCCCAAUGGAUUUAGCGGAUACUAUCAAAAAAGAAACUCCAUGAUUUUUGACUAUGUCAGGGCCGAGGGUGGUGACGAGAAUGCGGUCUCCGAAGACCACCAUGGCCGGAUGAACUCACUGACGGGAUUGCGGCGCAUUUACCGGGGUAUUUUCGACGACUGCUGCCUCAAACCGUGCAGCCAAAAGGAGAUGCUGGAAUACUGCAAGUGAAUCCAAAAACUUAUACCGACACCUGUUCGAUCUCUAUAUAUACGACUUAUUACGUUUUGAUUAUUAUAGAAAUAUUUAUAUGUGUAUGCACACUUUUAAAAAAUGAAAAUAAAAUAUAUAUGCGCAACUAAAAA